UUGUCACCGCCCUCGAUAGCCGUUCAGGAUCCACAAAUCCAGGAGGAGGCAGCGGGGGCAGUUCCAGUCGGCCGGUGCUCGGAUAUAAUCCCGCUAAAGGUUUUUGAAGCAGUCCGCCGUCUUCCACAACAUGUCCCACGACAAAACCAGGCUUCGGCAUGCCCCCCCCCCAACUACAGCCAGGCCCCCGGAGGCCCGUAUCCCCCGGCAACCGGCUACGGACAGCCCGGCUUCCCCCAGGCCGGUCCGGGUUUUGCUCCCGGCCCCUACCCCCAGAUGCCGUACCCCCAGAUGCCCUACCCCCAGCAGCCCUACCCUCAGGGGCCCUACCAGCAGGGACAGCCGGGGUUCCCCGGUGACCCCAUAGGAGCCCCUGCAAGCAGCCCUGGUUACCACGGUGACGGGCCCCCAUCCUACUACGACAACGAGGAAUUUGGGACCUCUGGCUUUGAGGACAAGAGCAUCCGACAAGCUUUCAUCAGAAAAGUCUUCAUGGUUCUCACGGUGCAGCUCGUCGUCACUUUCUCCUUCGUUGCCGUCUUCACCUUCGUGGACGAUGCCAAGUACUUUGUGCGGCGUAACCCCUGGACGUACUACGUGUCGUACGCCGUGUUCUUCGUGUCUCUGAUCGUCCUGAGCUGCUGCGGAGACUUCCGACGCAAGCACCCCUGGAAUCUGGUCGCCCUGUCCAUCCUGACCCUGAGCCUCUCCUACAUGGUGGGAAUGAUCGCCAGCUUUUAUGACACAGAGACGGUCAUCAUGGCCGUGGGCAUCACGGCCGUCGUCUGCUUCACUGUGGUCCUCUUCUCCCUGCAGAGCAAGUAUGACUUCACUUCCUGUCGGGGCGUGCUCUUCGUGUGCCUGAUCGUGCUGGUGCUCUUCUCCAUUCUCUGCAUCUUCAUACGCCACAAGAUCCUGCACAUCGUCUACGCCUCGCUGGGAGCUCUGCUCUUCACCUGCUUUUUGGCUGUUGACACCCAGCUUCUCCUGGGCAACAAGAAGCUGGCCCUCAGUCCGGAGGAGUACAUCUUUGCUGCCCUGAACCUCUACACCGACAUCAUCAACAUCUUCCUCUACAUCCUGGCUAUCGUGGGGCGCUCCCGCGACUGA